AAAACAAAUUAACAAGACGCAAAACACUUUUACCAGUCCCGAAACAAAUUUACAAAUGACAGAUUCGUCACGGAAAGGGAAUGUACCAUAUACCGGAAGUGACGAGCGUGGUCUUUUCGUGUUUUUGUUGUGGAGUUUAUGGCGUCAAAGAAGUUUAUGGUGACCGCCCGAACAUGGACUGCGGCCGAGGGAUGUUUUGCCCGUUUUGUGGCAAACACAUGAACAGCUUAACGCGGUUUUGCUUUACGUGUGGUCGGUGUUUGGAGUUUUUAAAGGACGCGGACCAGACGGAAACACCAGACAUACUGCAUCAUUGCGUUCAAUAUUUUAACGAGGGUCACUCGUACGCUGUAAUCGUGGACAUGAUGUCAAGUCUACACGGUGUAAACAUCAGCUUGAGGACUCUUAAAAGUAAACUGAACGAAGCCGGGUUGUACCGCAGAAAGGAUUAUUCCUCGCCAAACGCCGUGAGUAACGCCAUCAGAUUUGAACUUCAUGGACCUGGACAACUACUCAAUGGGACCUAACUAUAUGUGGCACGCAGAUGGUUACGACAAACUUAAGCCAUUCGGUUUGGCCAUUUCGGGAUGCAUAGAUGGAUUUUCACGUAAAGUAUUGUGGCUUCAAUGUGGACCAACAAAUAAUAACCCAACAGUGAUUGCUCACUAUUUCAUGUCAUGUGUGCGAAACCUCGGUGUCAUCCCCAUGAGACUGAGGACUGAUUGCGGCACUGAGAACGGCAUAAUGGCUGCAAUUCAAUGUACCCUACGCCACCAUCACAGUGACUACUACUCUGGAGCGUCCAGCCACAUGUACGGCUCAUCUAUAAAUAACCAGCGUAUUGAGUCCUGGUGGUCUAUAUUUAGAAAGGGAAGGUCUCAGUUCUGGAUGGAGUUAUUUGCCGUUUUUAGAGAUGCCGGAUACUUCAACGGGAGUCAUGAGCAUCAAUGCCUAUUGAGAUAUUGCUUUGGUGAUGUUAUUCAGAAGGACUUGGAUGAGUGUGUGAGACUGUGGAACAGCCACAGGAUUCGCCCUUCCAGAACAGCAGCAUGUCCAGGAGGAGUGCCCAAUGAACUCUACUACUUACCACACAGGUUUGGCUCCAGAGACUGCGGAUUUCAAAGUGAACAAGCUGAACUGGAUGCCCUUCCUGAGGCUAGCCUGUCAAUGACUCCUUGUGGGGACCCAAACAUGCAGGAGUACUUGGACUUUGCCAUGGAACACAAUCAGUUACAGAAGCCAGACAACUGGGAGUCUGCAUCCGAACUGUACAUGAAACUAAAAGAAAUGGCUCAGCUAUGAAAUGAUCAAAAAGGGAGGGUUUUUUGUAGUGGUGGAAUACUGCUGUCUGUCUGAACACAAUAUUUAUGAAUCUGUCACCCAAAGCUUAAUUGUUUUUAAGUGUGAAGUAAAUUAAUCAAAAAUAGUAA